AUGAAGAGUUUGCUCAGACCCACGCAGUGCAAAGGAAAGGGAAACCCUUCUCCGUCGGGCUGCACCACGAGCAGUAAACCGCUCCAGCGGGACCCAGCAAGCGAACAUCCAACCGAGCCCCAGACGCCGCCGCGGCCCCUCGCCUCGGCCUCCCGCUCCCCGCCGGGCCCCCGCCGCCCGCGGGGCCUUCCCGGCCGCCCCCCACCCGGAGGGCCCCCGGGGCAGGGCCGUUCCUCCGCCGAGCCGGGGCCCAGGGGAGGGGGUGGCCGCCGGCAGUGCAGAGACUCGGGAUGGCAGAGAUGCCAAGCCCCGCCGGGCGGCGCGGGACGCGACGGGGUGCGGUGUCCCCGGGCGGAGCGCCGCGGACCCGCCUGGCGGGCGGUAGAGGCGAGACGAGGCGGGGCAGGGCAGGCAGCAGAGCCGGGCUUACCUGAGGGGCUGGCGGGGCCACUCCGCUCGGCGCGGCAGCGGCGGCGGCCGGGAGUGAGCGCGGAGCCUCCUCCCCUCGGCGCGGCCCCGGACGGCGCUCCCCCGCCCGCCCCCCGGGAGCAGCCGCCUCCCGCCAGCCCCGUCCCCGGCGGCAGGAGCCCAGCUCCGCACUGA